AUAAUCUGUAUCACCCAUUAUCCCAGAGUGCGUGAAACAGUCCUUUUCAAGAUGUAUGGAGUAUCACACGUUGCAUCAACACCAAGAACAAGUUCAAGAGCAUUUAAUGAAGAACAUAGACACAGCCUCUCACAACGUGUUUUUCCAAGUCAUGCUUGUGCAUUUUCGGACGAUGACCCUGCCUAUGAGUGUUGUUCCACAAAUACUCCACCAGGAUCCCUUUCCAUAUGUCGCCACAGCCCUCGACUGCUUUCUAAUGGUUAUUACAUUUUGACAGAAGACAGUUUUCUGUCUGAUGAAGAGGGCAACAUAACCCUGACACCAUCCCAGACAAGUGUGAUGUACAAAGAGAAUUUAGUUCGGGUAUUCAGGCGAAGAAAGAAGAUCCGUCGCUCUCUUACCAGCUUGUUCAGUCUUGAUGCCUCCACUUCAUGGCUCAGCAGCACCAACCCCAGCAAUCUGGAUUCCUCCCAUUUAAAUGAUCCUUGGUCUGAUGGAUGUGGUGAACUAGAAGCCAGUCAGAGUGAUAUUGGAGAUUCAGACUUUUCUUCUGAAUCUAACAGCUAUGACAGCCAUGUGCCACAAACUCCAGCUUCUAAUGGAGCCUCUCUCAGCAAAGGUGACAAGUUCCUUCAGCCUGAGAAACCACCUUGUGCAUCAAAAUCUAGCUCUCCAUUUAUGAUAAAUGCAAAUGAAGGGAUUUGGAGCAAUGCAGAAUCCAGGACAGUGCAAAGUGUCCUGUCUCAGAUGAUUGCACUGGUCACGUGUUUAAUCAUUUCAAUAUGUACAAGAUAUUUUUUGGGAGGACUGUCUGCCACUUUGUUGCUGAUACUUUUAGUUUUUCUUCUGUCCAAAGAUGCUGCUGUGUCAUCUUUCUUCAGUCUUGACACAUCUUUCAAGACAACUAAGUUUUG